AUGUCAAUUGAUUUAACUUUUUUUAAUCAAAUUGAGACUAACAUGGAAGAAGAAUCAUUGCGGAAAGACGAAAUAUUCCGUUGUGUUCGUAAUUACGAAAAAACUUGUCGAUAUAUUACGGCAAUUUUGGAUCGUGUUCAUUCUGCCUCGCCUGAAGAAGUUCCAAGAAUUAUACAAACAGCACUAGAAAAAUAUAGUGAAGUAAAACAACAUUUAGCUCAAUUAUCUCAACUCAUACCUUAUCACCAAUACUAUAGGUAUAAUGAUUUGUGGAAUCGAACUCUUCAAACUUCAUUAUACCAAGCUGAACUUAUAAUAUAUUUGAAAUUUGAAAAAUUAAUUUCUUUGGAAGAAUUAGAAGAUUUAUGUGGUGUUGAAGAUAUUCUUCACAGUUUCAUUGCUUUAACUAACGAAUUGUCACGUUUAGCUGUAAAUUCAGUUACAUCAGGUGAUUACAAUAGACCUUUAAGAAUUUCAAAAUUUGUUAAAGAGUUAUAUACAGGAUUUCAAUUAUUAAACUUGAAGAAUGAUGCAUUAAGAAAAAGGUAUGAUGCCAUUAAGCCCCUCGUGUGCAACAAGAAUGAUGAUGAUAAUAUUCCUAUUGAAUUCACUUUUAAUUGUAAUAUAAAUGAGAAUGGAAUGCAAUAA